AUACCUGAUUGGCAGAAAUACAGAUUAUACAAUCCAAACUCGACAUUCACUUGCAAGAAAUUACCUAAGUCUGCGCCACACAUUUCCAUUAAGAAGGGACUACGUGUGCUACAGCAUUAUGGAGUAUUCUAAAAUUUUUAGCUUAAACCCUUCUCCGCUCCAGCCAGGCAGGCGCAGGUUUUGAACCUGUUCUGUAUCCCCACCUAUCACCGUCUUUCAUUCUUUCCCCAAAUUUCCUUCUCUCCCUCCUUUUCCUCGUUUCAAAAUACCUAUCUUCUCUUUGGUUCUUUCUCGUUCCUGCAGUCUCCCCAAUUUUGCCACAAAUUUUUUCUGUGCUAUACUCGGGCAGUUUCAAUGGCUAAUUUCUCGAAUCCAAAUCCAAAUAAAUCGUUUGAGGUGGGUCAGCCUCCAACGGAUUCUGUUUCAAGCCUUAGUUUCAGUCCCAAGGGUAAUUACCUUGUUGCAACUUCAUGGGAUAAUCAGGUAAGAUGUUGGGAGAUAGCGCGGAGUGGUGUUGCUGUUAAUAGUGUUCCAAAGGCAUCUAUAUCACAUGACCAUCCGGUUUUGUGCUCCACAUGGAAGGAUGAUGGAACAACUGUCUUUUCUGGUGGUUGUGAUAAGCAAGUGAAGAUGUGGCCUUUGAUGUCUGGUGGUCAGCCAAUGACUGUGGCCAUGCAUGAUGCACCUAUAAAAGAGAUUGCUUGGAUCCCAGAGAUGAAUCUAUUAGUCACAGGAAGUUGGGACAAGACUAUGAAGUACUGGGAUACAAGGCAGUCAAAUCCAGUGCAUACCCAGCAACUCCCUGACCGCUGCUAUGCACUAACAGUGAGGCAUCCUCUGAUGGUUGUUGGCACUGCAGACAGAAAUCUGAUCAUUUUUAACUUGCAGAACCCUCAGACAGAAUUCAAGAGAAUUUCUUCGCCCCUUAAGUAUCAGACGAGAUGUGUUGCUGCCUUUCCUGAUCAACAGGGUUUCUUGGUUGGUUCGAUAGAGGGAAGGGUUGGCGUGCAUCAUCUGGAUGAUUCACAACAAAGUAAAAACUUCACAUUCAAAUGCCACAGAGAUGGCAACGAGAUAUACUCCGUCAAUUCCUUAAACUUCCAUCCUGUGCAUCAUACAUUUGCAACAGCUGGGUCAGAUGGUGCUUUUAACUUUUGGGACAAGGAUAGUAAACAAAGACUCAAGGCCAUGUCGAGGUGCAGUCAGCCUAUACCUUGCAGUACUUUCAACAAUGAUGGCUCAAUAUUUGCAUAUUCGGUGUGUUAUGACUGGAGUAAGGGUGCAGAAAACCAUAAUCCAGCAACAGCGAAGAGCUACAUUUUCCUGCAUUUACCUCAGGAGUCUGAGGUUAAAAGCAAGCCACGGGCUGGAGCUGGUAGUAGAAAGUGAAGCUGUGUUACCAACAUAAAAAGGCCUGGAAUCUGGAUUGAUCAUUUCUUUGUUUUUGGCAACAUGAUCCAACUACUGAUACAUGAAAUGGGACGUGACAUUUGUAUCCACAGUGGUUAGUAGUGGUCAAUUUCUCUGGGUGAAGAUCUUGAAGCGCCUUCCCUCAUUCCAGUCCUGUGAUGUUCUCUGUUGAGAUUCGAGCUCCAUUUUGUUUAAGAUUUUUAUUAUUUUAUCACUUUUGUGUACUAGGGAUGGCACUGUCUUUCUAAGGAUGGCCAUGGGGCUCAACAAUUUCUAGACUUUAAUUUUUUCUGAGCAGUUGUGGGGGAUGAAAUUCAUUGACUAAUUACUCCAAUUCAGCAGUGGCACUUGGUUUCCUAUGGCAACUUGUUUUGUCUCGGGAUACAAAACUUUUUGUCAAAUGUGAUUUAGUAAAUGGAGAUCAUAAUAAAAGAAUGAGGAAUAAUUAUCUUCUCAA